UUGCAUACCAAAAAUCUUUAAAACAGUUUCUUUCAGCUGUGACCAAAAGUUGUCGCGAAAGACAAACAAAAGCUUGAUAAAGGAAACAAAGAAAUAGAAAAUUUAGCGUCUUUGGUGACGUCAUCAUCGAAGAACAAGCAAGUUGACUUUCUGCUCUGUCAAAGUACUUCUGGUUCGACUUGGUUACCUAUUACGUGAAUACAAAGCGCUUCCGAUCGUUGUCGUUGUCGGGGUUUGUUAGGUUUCUUUAUUUUCUAAAUUUUUAAAUUUUUACUGAAAAACAUUUACAAAAAAAUGAAUGAUACUACGGAGCUACUUGGUUCCUCGUUUAAUUCGAUUAAUCCCAAUUACCCUUCAACAAGCACUCGUCAUGAUGUAAAUGAUGAUAGUGAAUGUGUUGAUGAUUUAAUUAAAGAGGAACACAAUUAUGUUCAGAAAUAUGAUUCACAGGAUGGAAGUUGGUCAUCGAACGGACUAAAUCCAUUUGUACAUCGGCUAGAAAUUGAUGAUAAAUUUGAAUUGGCCAAGAUUUACACAUUGUCAGUUCUUUUACUACCACUUCGAGUAUUUGGAGCUGUGCUUUCAAUACUAACGGCAUGGGUGUUUGCAUACAUAACUUUAUAUGGUUUAACAAUGGAUGAUCUAAAAAAUAAACCACUAACAGGAUGGAGGCGAAUAGCUCAAAAAGCUGUUGCCAAAACAAUGCGAUUGGUAUACGCUUCAUGUUCAUUUCAUCAUAUAAAAUAUAUUGGCAAGCAGGCGUCACCAAAAGAAGCACCAAUUCUUGUUGUAGCACCACAUUCAUCUUAUGUUGAUUCGGUUCUUGUUGUUGUUACAGGACCAACAUCAGUUGUAGCUAAAAGAGGAACUUCAGAUAUUCCAAUAUUGGGCAAAAUCAUAAGCUGUGCACAGCCGAUAUAUGUCGAACGAGAAGAUCCAAAUUCGAGACAAAAUACAAUCCGAGAAAUUAUUGCACGUGCAAAAUCGGAUGAUGACUGGCAACAGGUAGUAAUAUUUUCUGAAGGAACAUGUACAAACCGUACAGCACUGAUAAAAUUCAAACCUGGUGCUUUUUAUCCUGGCGUACCAGUGCAACCAGUAUUGUUAAAAUAUCCAAACAAAUAUGAUACUUAUACGUGGACAUGGGAUGGCCCUGGAGUGUUGAAACUACUGUGGUUGACGCUAGCCAAGAUAUAUAGCCGAUGUGAAAUUGAAUUUCUUCCCGUUUACACUCCCAAUGAAGAAGAGAAAACGAAUCCGAAAUUGUUUGCUGAUAAUGUACAAGCUUUGAUGGCAAAAGCUUUGAAUGUUCCCGUUUCGGAUUAUUCAUUUGAAGACUGUAUCAUGAUGAACCGAGCCAAAGAAAUGAAAAUCCCAUUCCCAGGCGAUAUAGUUGCAAUUGAAAAAUGUCUAUACUUAUUGGGCAUACUUCAUCAAGACAUAAACAAAAAACUAGCAUCUAAGUACUGUAACCUACCAGGUGAUGAUAGCAUUGACUUUAUCACAUUUGCCGAUCUCUUAAACAUAGACUUGAGCAAUAAAGUACUUUGUGAAUUGUUCAGGAUACUAGAUCAUAAUCAAUGUGGAACAAUUAGUUUAAGAAAUUACCUCCUAUGCCUAUUUUACUGUGAAAUUAAAGACGAAAGACUUAUCGAGUUCCUAAGUAAUAUUAUUAACCUUUAUACACCAUCUAGUCUGAAUAUAUCAAGAGAAUGUUUUAACAAAAUUGUACGACACAGUGCAAUGAUGACUGAAGAACAGAGCGAUGCCUUGUUUUUGAGCAUUGAUCACACCAAUAAAGGAACGAUCUCAUUUGAUGAGUUUAAAGAAUAUACUAAAGAUAAACCCAAGUAUGCAUUUCUUUACAAAAAACAAGAACUUAUACGAAGGUCAUGGAAAUAAAAACAAGUACAAUUUUCUUUUUCAAUUUGACAAAUGUUAAAGAUUGGGCGUUUGAGAUGUUAAACACUAUCAAGGAUCCAUUUAGAAGAAUUUACAAAACCAAAGAUAAAUCCUAUCGAAAUUUAGAUGUCGGUGGGGAGAUCCCUUAAAAAAAAAUCUUCUUGUAUUUAAUCGGAUGUUCCCUGAUUUAAAAUAAAUUAGAAAAAAUA